UAAGCGAGUAUAUGCUAUCAUGUCAUUGAGUUGGACUCAACAACAAUAAUUUCAUCAUGUACCAUCCUUCUCAGCAGCCCCCGGAGCCCACCCAGCUUGCCUGCCUGCCUCUAGCGAAGUUCUCCCACACAACCACCUCAAUCGGACACAAUGGCCCACUGAACUGGAGCCAUAUAAUGGGAAACGGCGAUAUAGUCGGAAGAAUUGAAAGCCACGCUGUAUCUGGACUCACACCAGCACGGGUUUUGUUAAAGGUGUUUCGAGACUACGAGUUAUUGGAAGAAGUCGAUCUUACAUACCACUCACAAGAAGCCGCGAAGUUUGCCUUGUCCGGACAGAGUGGUCAGGUGAAGCCGGUUUUCGCUGUGAUCGUGAAGCUGCCCUGUCUUGCUGUGAAAUAUCCAAAGGACAGUAUAUGUAUUCGUCGAUUCCAGAUUAAGUUCUCGUCCGAUCGCGACUACUAUUCAACCCUGGUCAUCCUGAGCAACAUCAAAUGUCCAUUCUCGGAAUCCAAUGUCGGCUCGUUACCACCAGUUCGCAAACCUACAUCUUCACAAUGGCGCUCUGGGUCAGUUGAUUCUGCGCCCGCUCCUCCACAAAUGCCCUCCAGUGUUCCAGGUGCGCCGGGUAUACCGACUUUGAACAAUAUGUUCUUCCCAUCCCAGUCGUCCCCGACGAUUGAUCCAUCUGCGAGAUCAGCUACUACUGGGCCUUUUCUACGUCCCGCCUCGUCGAGUACCAUCCACACGCUUACAGACCUCGUACCGACCAACAACAGCCAAGCACCGGCGCCAAGUAGCACUGCGUUCUCUUCUCGUCCUCCCACGGCCUGCCAUGACACUCAAUCGCUCGAUGAGAUUCUACCUCCAAGGCGGGAUCUGCCAUUCAUGAAGCCAGCUGCGAAGAAACCGCGUACAUCGGGGAAGCAGACAAACAACGCAUCUAGACCGAACGAGUCUGGCCCUGACAAAACUCAAACGUCAAUUCGAGAUCACUACGAUUCAACGCCAUUCAAAGCCGCAAAAGCCACGAACAACGCAGGGGGAAUAAAGCGUAGUUUUACUUCGCUUUCAAAGCCGAACAUAAACAGCGAGCCCUCCAACCAUCCUCCUCCAUCUCAACAGAACACGCAGGCAAACACAAAUAUACCCAUACAUAUACCAAUCCAGCCCGCUUCUUCUACUACGACUCUUUAUCAGCAGGAACCAUCAUAUAACAAUACCACUUCGAGGCCACAGAAUCAUACGGAUAUAUCUCGCAACACUCUACCUAUGAACAUGCCUCCCCAAUUACAGCAGCAACAACACCGCAAUGCUAUACCAAUGAACAUGGACCCUUCUCUUCAACUACAACCACAACCGCAGCCGCAAUUCCAACUACAACCACAACAGCCACGGCACCCAGACCCCAUCGCAGACCUCGCCUCAUAUACCUCCGACCCAAAGACGGAACGUAUAGCAAGACUCGGGAAUUGGAUCUGCUCACAAAUCCAGAAUGACGAUUUUAUUUCUCUUGCUGAGGACGUGGAAGGUCUUUGGCAGCGGUUUGCAUUUGGACGGAUGUGACACUUGACCAUUUACGUUUGACUUUAUGACUUUGACGAUUUCUACUCAUGCCAUUUGUUGAUAUUUGUUUUUAUAUGGGCUGUGAUCUAUAUACCUUACGUUGAGAAUAGGGUUAGAGCUUGAGUUAUGUACGGUAGUAUACUUAGCAAUAGAAAGCGAGAGAAAGAGUCUAAUACAUUGUCACCAUUAUGACCCG